UGAACCUGGUGCAAGCUUGGCUUUAGGACAAAUUCGGAAACCGGAGGGGGGAGUCAAGGCAAUUCUUUGGUUGCUAAGUGUGAGUGAAGAUACCCAGGAUGGCUCAGGGAUCCGGAGAUCAAAGAGCAGUGGGGACUGCUGACCCAGAGGACAGUUCUCCAAACAUGAUAGUCUACCGCAAAGUAAGUUGCAAAUGCGAAACAGAUAUAAUGGCCCAUAAAGCCUCAAUUCUUUACUAUCUGAUUGAAGACAUCAUUACAAAGAUGCAAGAUGACAAGACAGGGGGUGUGCCCAUCAGAACAGUCAAGAGCUUUCUCUCCAAAAUCCCCAGUGUUGUCACAGGUACUGACAUCGUGCAGUGGCUUAUGAAGAACCUUUCCAUUGAAGACCCAGGUGAAGCAAUACACUUGGGAAGCCUCAUAGCUGCCCAGGGCUACAUCUUUCCCAUCUCAGACCAUGUUCUCACCUUGAAGGAUGACGGCACCUUUUAUCGUUUCCAGGCUCCGUACUUCUGGCCUUCGAACUGCUGGGAGCCUGAAAACACUGACUAUGCCAUCUAUCUCUGUAAGAGGACAAUGCAGAAUAAAGCAAGGCUGGAAUUAGCUGACUAUGAAGCAGAAAACUUAGCAAGACUCCAGAGAGCCUUUGCGAGGAAGUGGGAAUUCAUCUUUAUGCAAGCAGAAGCCCAAGUGAAGAUUGAUCGGAAAAAGGACAAGACGGAAAGGAAAAUUUUGGAUAGUCAAGAACGGGCUUUCUGGGAUGUCCACAGGCCAGUGCCAGGCUGUGUGAACACCACAGAAAUGGAUAUCAGAAAAUGUCGACGUUUGAAGAACCCGCAAAAAGUUAAAAAGUCAGUGUACGGGGUGACAGAAGAGUCCCAGUCGCAGAGCCCUGUGCACAUACCCAGUCAGCCAGUCAGGAAAACUACAAAAGAGGACAUCCGGAAACAGAUAACGUUUUUGAAUGCACAGAUUGACAGACAUUGUUUAAAAAUGUCAAAAGUGGCUGAAAGCUUAAUUGCUUACACGGAGCAGUAUGUGGAAUAUGAUCCCUUGAUAACGCCGGCCGAGCCGUCCAACCCCUGGGUCAGUGACGACACCGCUUUAUGGGACAUGGAGAGGAGCAAAGAGCCCAGCCAGCAGCGAGUAAAGAGAUGGGGCUUCUCAUUUGACGAGAUGCUGAAGGACCAGGUGGGGCGGGAGCAGUUCCUACGAUUCCUGGAGUCUGAGUUCAGUUCCGAAAACCUCAGGUUCUGGUUGGCGGUCCAAGAUCUCAAGAAACAACCUCUGCAGGAUGUGGCCAAGAGGGUGGAAGAAAUCUGGCAAGAGUUUCUGUCGCCGGGGGCCCCAAGUGCAAUCAACCUGGAUUCUCAUAGCUACGAGAUAACCAGUCAAAACGUCAAAGAUGGAGGGAGAUACACAUUUGAAGAUGCCCAGGAGCACAUCUACAAGCUGAUGAAGAGUGACAGCUAUGCCCGCUUCCUCCGGUCGAAUGCUUACCAGGACUUGCUGCUGGCCAAGAAGAAGCCAGAAAGUGAGCAAGGUCGUAGAACUUCCUUAGAAAAGUUCACUCGCAGUGUGUGCUGCUGGCGCAGAGUCAGAAUGGCCGCUGCAUUUCACCCCCGAGGUGGCUUCCUUCCAACAGUGGGGAAAGUCGCUGGCGGGCAAGCGCCUCACGGGCCUGAUGCAGUCCUCCUGACGGUUCCCACCGCAGGCCCGGGGCCGGGGCCCGAGGACCACGCAAGCAGGAGGCGGCGCUCCACGUCCGUGGACAGAGCUUCCUUACGGGGAGAUUUGGUCACUGUGAAAGAAAAAGAGUGA